CUCCACGGGCCGGGGCGGGGCGGCGGCGGCAUGGCGGGCCGGCGGCCGGGGCCCGGGGCGCUGCUGGCGCUGCUGGCAGUGCAGGCGCUCGGGGCGGCGGCGCACCCGCAGUGCCUGGACUUCAGGCCGCCCUUCCGGCCGCCACAGCCGCUGCGCUUCUGCGCGCAGUACUCGGCCUUCGGCUGCUGCGGGCCCGAGCAGGACGCGGCGCUGGCCCGCCGCUUCGGGGCCCUGGCGGCGCGCGUGGACGCCGCCGAGUGGGCCGCGUGCGCCGGCUACGCGCUCGAUCUGCUGUGCCAGGAAUGCUCACCAUAUGCGGCCCACCUCUACGAUGCUGAGGACCCGUCCACACCACUGCGGACUGUGCCUGGGCUCUGCGAGGACUACUGCCUGGGUGUGUGGCAGACCUGUCGGGGUCUGUUCCGCCACCUCUCACCUGACCGAGAGCUCUGGGCGCUGGAGGGCAACCGUGCCAAGUUCUGUCGCUACCUGUCCCUGGAUGACACGGACUACUGCUUCCCCCGUCUGCUGGUCAACGAGAACCUCAAUUCAAACCUGGGCCGCGUGGUGGCCGAUGCCAAGGGAUGUCUGCAGCUGUGCCUGGAGGAGGUGGCCAACGGGCUACGCAAUCCCGUGGCCAUGGUGCACGCCAGGGAUGGCACCCACCGCUUCUUCGUUGCUGAGCAGGUGGGGCUGGUGUGGGCCUACUUGCCCGACCGCUCGCGACUCGAGAAGCCCUUCCUAAAUGUCAGCCGGGCCGUGCUCACCUCACCCUGGGAGGGCGACGAGCGGGGCUUCCUGGGCUUGGCCUUCCACCCCAGCUUCCGGCACAAUGGCAAGCUCUACGUCUACUACUCUGUGGGGGUCAGCUUCGAGGAGUGGAUCCGCAUCAGCGAGUUCAGGGUCUCCGAGGACGACAUGAACACCGUGGACCACGCCUCUGAGAGGAUAAUCCUGGAGAUUGAAGAACCAGCCUCGAACCACAAUGGGGGCCAGCUGCUAUUUGGAGACGAUGGGUACCUCUACAUCUUCACUGGAGAUGGCGGGAUGGCCGGAGACCCCUUUGGGAAGUUUGGAAAUGCUCAAAACAAGUCGGCGCUGCUGGGCAAGGUGCUGCGCAUCGACGUGGACCGCAACGAGCGCGGCCCGCUCUACCGCAUCCCGCGCGACAACCCGUUCGUGGGCGACCCCGCCGCGCGGCCCGAGGUCUACGCCCUGGGGGCGCGCAACAUGUGGCGCUGCUCGUUCGACCGCGGCGACCGGGCCUCGGGCGCGGGCCGCGGGCGCCUCUUCUGCGGCGACGUGGGCCAGAACAAGUUCGAGGAGGUGGACCUGGUGGAGAGCGGCCGCAACUACGGCUGGCGCGCGCGGGAGGGCUUCGAGUGCUACGACCGCAAGCUGUGCGCCAACGCCUCCCUCGGUGACCGUCCCCGGGGGCCCGCCUCCGGGACCUGCCCUCCCCAUGACGUUCUGCCGAUUUUCGCCUACCCGCACAAACUGGGCAAGUCGGUUACGGGGGGCUAUGUGUACCGGGGCUGCGAGUACCCCAACCUGAACGGCCUCUACAUUUUCGGGGACUUUAUGAGCGGGCGGCUGAUGUCCCUCCGAGAGAACCCGGAGACAGGCCAAUGGCGGUAUAGCGAGAUCUGCAUGGGCCGUGGCCAGACCUGUGCUUUCCCAGGCCUCAUCAACAACUACUAUCCACACAUCAUCUCUUUCGGGGAGGACGAGGCUGGGGAGCUGUACUUCAUGUCAACAGGUGUGCCGAGCGCCACUGCUGCACGUGGGGUCGUCUACAAAGUGGCAGACCCCUCCAGACGGGCACCACCCGGCAAGUGUCAGAUCCAGCCCACCCAGGUGAAGGUGAGGAGCCGCCUCAUCCACUUCGUGCCCAAAGAAAGGUUCAUCCGGAGGACGGAGACCCCCCAGCGUUCCACAGCAAUCACGCCCACCAAAGCGCCCCGCCGCAGCCGCCCUACAGCUGCUCCGCCCAUGCCCACCCUGCGUCCAGCACGGCCUACCCGGCGGCCCAGGGGCCGGAGAGUUGGGGGGCGGCGGCGGGAGCGGCCCGGCACAGCGGACCUGGUGCCCUCCAACGGCGCGGUGCGCCUGGUGCGGCCCGCAGGCCUGAGCCCUGGUCGUGGGCGCGUGGAGGUAUUCGUGGGCGGACAUUGGGGCACUGUGUGCGACGACGCCUGGGACAUCAAGGCCGCAGCCGUCGUGUGCCGCCAGCUGGGCUUUGCGUACGCCGUGCGCGCCGUCAAGCACGCCGAAUUCGGCCAGGGCCUUGCGCUGCCCAUCCUGCUGGACGACGUGCGCUGUGCGGGUGCCGAGCGCAGCCUGCUGGAGUGCGCGCACGCUGGCGUGGGCACACACAACUGCGGGCACCAGGAGGACGCGGGCGUCGUGUGCAGCCGUGAGGACCCCGACCUAUAGAUCAGCGUCAUUUGUGCUGCCAGGCCACCCUCUGUCCUGCUGGAGCUGGGCAGGGCCUCUCCACCCUGUGCCACCUGGUGUGUGCACAUGAGUCUGAGGGUGUCCAGCAGUGGGUGUGGUGAAGGAGGUGGCCCAUCUGUAAUGCUGUCCCAUGCAAGGUGUGUGCUGUGCACUUGUGUUCUCUGUGUCCCAUCCACAUGUUUUCCGCACACUGGAAGCCACAGUAUGUGCUGGGGUUCACAUUGCUCAUGGGGUUGUGUGGACACAGGCCCAGGUGUUCUGUUCUUACCUCCAAGCAUCUCAAGCAGCAGCAGGAACACAGUCUGGUCAUGGAACCCUGAAUACUGGGGGCUGCCAUCCUUCAAGUGCAGACACAGCCCCUGGCUGCAUCAACAGAGGCACAGCCAGCAGACUGAGGGAGGGGACCAGGCCUGCCCUGCCCAUGGCUGAAGUGGAAGGCCUCAGAAGAGAGCAUGAAGGUGGCUGGACAGUCAAAGGUGCUGAAGAGAACGGGAAGAAGUCCAGUGAGGUGAAGGGCAACUGUCAGACCAGUGGGUUCAGGGUGACCUGUGGGCCGUGCUGCCUGAGCAAGGGCCAAGUUGUCUAGGAAGAAGCACGCACCUGGGAGAGCUGGCUGGGGCAGAGAGACAGGGUGACCUCUAGGAGAAGCCUGCUGGCCAUCCUGGACCUCAUCAUCAGGCCCUCCUGGGUGCUCAGGGGAUGGUCCUGGCUCUCCCCUGCUCCCCAGGGAGAAGCCAUCACACUGGCUGGGCUGCUGUCCAGCCAGCCAUUCCAAGUACCACGGCCCCCAGUGAGCAAGUGGACUUUGGGUUGCUCCACGUUCCACGCUGUGUCAGGAACACUGGGGCCCUCUCUGUCAUGUGCCUCCCGCCCUUGCCCAGUGAGACCCCAGGGACCCUCUGAUUCCUCCAGCACCACCCAGGGUGUAACCAGGCUGAGGGUCCAGCGAGACUACUGAUGCGCCGUCACCCAGGGCUGUGCCAACAACCGACUGUUUACAACCCCC